CCCUCGCAGUCCGCACCGAGGACGGAGGGAGGGCGGGAGAGAGCCGGCGCCGUGGCGGCCGCUGUCGCAGCGGAGAAGCCUGCCGGAGAAGCGGAGCCCCGCCUGCCGCCUACCUCUGCAGCCUCAGGAACCCGGGGCUCGGGGUUGCCACUACCUGCUUUCAAUGAAGGGAUACAUGUGUUCUUCUAAAUACCCUCUGCGACAGAAGAUUUUCAUCCUGUGUUUGACACUAUGGUUGUUCUCUUUACUGAAACUUUUAAACGUGAAAAGAUCCUACUUCUCCGGAAAAGGCAUUUACUUAGUCGAACGAUCUUUAAGCAUGUCAUCAUAUGUAAGAAACAGGUAUACUUUUGUCAGAGGUGAAUCCUGGUAUAAAAUUAACUGUUCCCAUAUUUAUGAGCAAGAGCCUGUGGAGAUUGGCAAGACAUUGGAGAUAAGGAGGAAAGACAUCAUUGAUUUAGAUGAUGAAGAUGUCGUAGAAAUGACCAGAGAUUGUAAGGUCUAUCGGGCCAUAAGAAGAUACCAUCUGAAACCUGUUUCAGUGGCAGAGAAAAAAUUCCCAAUAGCUUAUUCUUUGGUAGUUCACAAAGAUGCUAUCAUGGUUGAAAGGCUAGUCCAUGCAAUAUACAACAGUCACAAUGUUUAUUGUAUCCAUUAUGAUCAGAAAUCACCUAAUACUUUCAAACUAGCCAUGGACAAUUUAGCCAGGUGCUUUUCCAACAUUUUCAUUGCUUCCAAAUUAGAGACAGUGGAAUAUGCUCACAUAUCCAGGCUCCAAGCUGAUUUUAAUUGCUUAUCUGACCUGUUGAAAUCCCACAUUCCAUGGAAGUAUGUUAUUAACCUGUGUGGACAAGAUUUUCCUUUAAAAUCAAAUUUUGAAUUAGUAACUGAGUUGAAGAAACUAAAUGGGGCAAAUAUGCUGGAGUCAGUGAAGCCAAGUAACAGCAAAAAGGAAAGAUUCACUUAUCAUCAUGAACUCAAAAUUGUGCCUUAUGACUACAUGCUAAUGCCUGUAAGGACAAACAUUUCCAAGGAAGCUCCACCCCACAACAUUGAGAUUUUUGUGGGUAGUGCUUAUUUUGUUUUAAGCCGAGCCUUCGUUAACUAUACUUUCAAUAACCCCCUCGCUAAGGACUUUUUUGAGUGGUCUAAAGAUACAUACUCCCCAGAUGAGCAUUUCUGGGCCACCAUGAUCCGAGUACCAGGAAUACCUGGGGAGAUUUCCAGAUCAGCACAAGAUGUCACAGAUCUACAAAGUAAAACCCGACUGGUCAAAUGGAAUUACCUGGAAGACCAUUUCUAUCCACCCUGUACUGGCUCUCAUCUCCGUAGUGUAUGUAUCUAUGGGGCAGCUGAAUUAAGAUGGCUUAUGAAAUACGGACACUGGUUUGCCAAUAAAUUUGACUCCAAGGUGGACCCAGUUUUAAUAAAAUGUUUGGCUGAAAAGCUUGAAGAACAACAGAGAGAGUGGGUCCGUUUAUCUUCAGAAAAAUUAUUUAUGUUUGGAAGUCCCACAUCUGCAUCACUGCAGAGCCACCAUGAUAGAAAUAUCGUGAUGAAGUGAUGAUUGCUUUUAAUAUAACAUAUGAUGAUAUAUAACAUCAUUAUAAUUAUAUAAAUGUUAUUCUCCCAUAUUUUGAAAGAUGUCUGAUACAUGGGGAUAGAAAGAAGAUUGUCAUAAGCUGGUGUAUAGUGGUAAUUUGCUUGUGUGUAUCACACCUAUCGCAAUUCCACUGGAUAGAGUUUUUGUGACUUUCAAAAUAUUUAGGCGUCAAAGGGCAAGUUAUAAUAAUGAGGCAUAUCAUGCCCUUGGGAAACUUCCCAUCGAAUUCCUCUGUGGUAUUUUUAUAGUGACCCUGAGACCUUCAUAGUAGUAUCUAAUUACUACAUUUCAAGUGGUCUGAAGAUACAUGCUACUAAUUAAGUACUGCUGAAGGAAGUUUGGCCAGAGCACACAGAAGGCAACAAUGCAUUUUGGAUGGUCUUUAAGUCCAGUAAUUAACAUUCCAUUUCUCUCUCAUUUCAGUUGCCUAGUUUUUUAAAAAACUUUUAAAAGGGUAGGAGGGAGGACUGUCUACUACCUCAGAAGAGCUCAAAGAAAAGUCCAACUUCCUGCCAUAUCAUAAUUUAGCUCACCUUAUAUUCAGGGUGACUGAAAAAACUGCUGAAAUGAACACGUGUGGUGGUGAAACUCUGCGGGUAAAGUUGAAGAUCCAAGGUGUUCCUGAGAUUGUAUGUCCCACAUUACUCUGUGAUACCAUUGGACAGCACAAUUUUUUUAUUCACAACUAUUCCUUUUAAACUUACGUAAGGGUUAGUUGAUGUUUUGAAGAAUUAACCUUGGGAAUCCAGGGCCAAGGUGCAGUUUUGUUAGAAUAGACGCCUUCUAUGUUUUUGAUAUAGCUUGUGGAACUAUCAUGCUUAGAGUCACUGUGAAUUUUCUGCAAAAGGAGGUGUGGAAAAUGGCAGCUUUCUAAAGUAAAUAUCUAGAAAAAAAUAAAGUAAACAACUAGAUGAUCAUUUUUAUUAUGCCCAUGGCAGUUGUUCCAGAAUGUGAUACCAUGGAGCAAUAGAUUUGGCAUCAGAGGGCCCAGGUUCCAAUCCUGGUGCUGCCACUUGCACUUCUAUAUGACCUUGGGCAAAUCACUUCACCUUCUGGACCUCAGUUUCCUCAGAUAUAAAAAUGGGGAAGAGGGAUUAGACUCAAUGCCUUUUAAGGCCCACUCCAGCUCUGAAUCUAUGAUUUCAAGUAGGUAAGUUUUAAAACUUUAGAAACUCUGUUUACCCCCUUAGUGUAACUACAAAAUGAAGAAAUGUUUUCCAAGCGAACAGUUAAAAUUUCUGAAGUUCUUAUAUCAUACUUCAGUGACCCAUGAUGAUACUAGUGUGGACAGUUCCCCACUAGUGCAUCUUAUAGCCUCUCCCAGCCAGUACUUACUGUAGUCUUCAUGUGGUGGUCAAUCCUCUGGUGAUAAACCUCUCUCGACUUUCCUAAGUUGGACUUAAGAUGACAAGCACAAAGUCUGUCCUUCAGCUGUGGUCAAAGCUAAAUGAGAAUCUUCCAGAGUUUGUCUCCUGGUCUCAUGGGCCUUUGAGAACCCAGGGUCCAUGGACAACUGAUUCAUUCCAUUUGGUAACAUCAGAGUCAAACUAGAGUGGAGGAUUUGUAGUAAUAGUGCUGAGACUUUCUGCUCCUUGGAGCUGGUUAAUGGAGUUUUCAUUAAGAUAAGUAAUUAAAAUGCAAAUUAUUUUUAUGUAGCUGUGAUAGGGAAAGGAGGGAAAUGUGGGAGAAGGUAAGAUGAUUGAGGAAAAGUUAGAGAGUCUUACCAAACUCCCCUUGCAAAGUUGCAGAAUUUAGGUCAGUGUUUUUGAGUGUUCUUUCUUAGUUCAAAGGCUGCCUCAGUAACUACCUACAGAAGUAGUUAUCUAUGCCCCAAAAAACCACCUAAUUGGAUGAUUGUAAUGGUGAUACUUGACUGUAUUAUUACAUGUAUAGUUAUUUCUGGGUUUUGUUCCGUAAUCAUACGUGAAAUGCACUUUGAUUUAUUUUAUGGGACAUGUUGCUUGCUGCUAAGUGAGAUGACAUCUCUCCCUCUCUUUCUCCCUUACUCCUUUCUUUUUUUUUUCACAUUCCCUUCCAAGCAUUUUGACCAAAUAUAGCUCAUCCAAAGCCUUUGAUCCUAAAAAUAAGUCACCCUCUGAGAUACUUCAGUGAUUCUGCCAGAGGUUCCUUUUGUAACUAAUUAGACUAACUUAAGUGGGCAAAGGCCUGUCUCAUUCCCAGAGCUUACUGAUGUCUAUUGGUGGCAAUGAGAAAUAGACAGCUGUUGAGACAGAAACCAAGAUGGGGGAGUGGUGGAUCAUGGCAGUGGAUAAAGUGCUAGUCUUGAAAUCAGGAUGACGGGGAUUCAAAUUCCGCCUCAGACCAGCUGUGUGACCUGGGCAAGACCCUUAACCUCUCUGGGCCUCAGUUCCUCAUCUGUAAGAUGAGGGGGGAGAACUAGAUGGCUUCUAAAGUCACUUCCAGUUCUAAAUCUGCAGUCCAUAACCUAGAUCAGUUUCUCUUCUCUUGAGGUGAACCUGUGCAUUGAGAAAUUCCUUUAUUGAUCAAUCACUUUAUUGACACAUACAAAUGGGAACACAGAGCCAUUCAUUUGAGCUCUAAUUCCAAUGAUCCUGUGGUUUAUUAAAUGCAACAGACUGUGCUAGGCACAGGGGGAAAUACAAGGAUAGAUGAUGCCUGGUCCUACCCUUAAGGAAUUUAUAUAAUCUUAGAAGGAGGAUAAUAUCAACAUGUCCCUUUCUCCAGUUCCUUCUGCACAGUUUCUCAUAUUAAUCUUCCUAAUUCACAGCUCUGAUCAUAUCACUCCGCUGUUCAAAAAACCUUCUCUAGCUCCCCGUUGCCUACCGAGUAAAGUACAAAAAUGCAGUAGCUGCACUUUCUUUUCUUAUUAACCUCUUUUAGACAUUGGAUAAUCAGGUCGAAUAUGUCAUGUCUGGGAAGCUUUUACAGUGAGCUGAGUGCUGGACGCAAGACUAUGAAGUACUUGCUAUUUUUCAGUCUAUUCUUUCUGGCCUUUUGCAGUUACUCCUCUGUCAUUUAAGGAUAUGGGAAAACCUGCAAAUACCUUUGUAUAACAGGUGUCCCACUCCCUUGUUCUUCAGAUGAUUCUUUAAAACCUGACUUCUGUUAUGAAAUCUUUCAACAUUUAUUAUCUCUGUCCUGACAUUGCCCUUCCAAGGAUUAGGGAUGUGGAUCUUUUAAAUAGUAUUUAUUGGAUUUUGACUAUAAGCUCUUUAAAGGUGAAAACAGGAAUUUUGUGAUUGUAAAUGACUUAUGUAUGGGUAUUAGAUAAUGUUAAUAAUGAAAGAUACUACUGUCUAAUUUAUAUCAUGUAAAUAAUACCAUGUUGCAAAAGCUUGAUGAUAAAUGUCAAUGUUUACUGUUUUCAGUACUAUGAAUUGAAAUCAAUUCUACAUAUGUGAAAUGGAAAGUGUCCUCCUGCCCCUCCAAAUGUGACAACAGAUGUAUAUUUUAACACAUUUCAUAAAAAAUAACUUAUUAGGAAUUUUGAAAUUAUAAAGUGCUGUAUACAUGUAAAUGUAUACGGUAUUAUAAUAUACCUGUUCAUAGGAAGUAUAACCACCAAGUGACUGGAGUUUUGUUUUGCUUUAGCAUUUUGACAGACUCAUUUCUAAAUUCUCUCCUUGUGGGUUACCUUUUCAAAGAGCACAUCUUUUCAACUAGAUGUAUUUUGAAUACAUUGUUAGUGCAUUUUUGUAUUACACCAUUGCUGAAUGUUAAUUUUCUGAUAUUUUAAAAUAAAAUGUGUUUGAAAUGAA